UGACUAACAUCAAAUGUGAUGAUAAACCUUCAGCUCAGCUCCUUCACUGCUGUUGGGGAAAUAAUAGAGAAGAGAGAAGAGGCAUUCGUGCUCAGCCCAGACUGAGCUAUCUGCACCUUUGACCAAGAUUAACAGCAACUUUACCAUGACUCAACAAUGAUGUUACCAAAGAUGGGAUGUUUGUCUUCAAACUUAACAAAGAGACGUCUUGUCUUACUUCUGUCUCUCCUGCUUCAUCUUAACCCUUUGCUGGCAUAUUCGCUGAAAAACUGCAAUAUUGAGUAUUCUCAGGAUCCUUUAGCUGAUGUAGUUUUGGACUGUGUACAACAUAAAGUUGUGACUGUCCCAGAUGACAUCCCCAGAGAUGUGAGCUCAGUAAAACUCGAUAACAAUCUAAUUGAACAGAUCAACAGGAAAGACUUUGGCAACUUGUCAAAGCUGAGAUUUUUGGGCCUGAACUUUAAUUACAUUGCUCACAUUGACGAUGAAUCUUUCAUCCACUUGACGUCCUUGACAAUUCUUCACAUGCACUUCAACAAACUCACCAAGCUAACAGGCAACCUCUUUCGGGGACUGUCCAACCUGACCAUGCUUGACCUCGGUCUAAAUGAAAUUCAGUUCAUCCAUAAAUCGGCCUUUAGCUUCCUGCCCAGCUUACAAACUGUAAUAUUAUACGACAACAAGCUCCAACAAGCAGCUGACAUUCAGCCCGUCCUACAGCUACCACACUUACAGAAGCUGGUCAUCGGUAGCAAUCUAUUUACCUCCUUUCAUACCAAAGAUCUGCUGCUGAAUGUGCCCUCAGGCCUUCAGGUGUUAGAUAUUUCCUACAAUGUUAAGUUGGAAAACUUCAGCAUCACAACACCGAUCUUUCCCCACCUUGAGAUGAUUGACUUUUCUGGAUGUGGCGAACACACUGGCUUGAAUUGGGACAUACCCGACAAGAAUUUACUGAGGAACAUAAUUCAGUUGUAUUUUAACUUGGCUCUGAUUCCUUUUAAAGACUUUCAAAAAGUCCUGGAGAGUCUCGACUCACUGAUGCAUCUGAGACUGAAUAAUAUGGAGAAAUUGAUCACGAAAGGUCUGUUAGCUACGGUCUGUAAAAUACCAACACUUAGGAGGCUGGAGCUGUACUACAACCAUGAUGCCAAUUUAAGUGCCAAACUUGUGACUUGUUCUCAGCUCAGUGACCUUGACCUGUCCACUACUCACAUGACUGAACUGUCAAACGGCUCAAUACGAUCGAUGCAGCGACUCAGGUCUCUGAAUCUGGAGGUUAACUUCCUCACCAAUGUGCCAGGUGAAAUCAGGAGCCUCUCCUCCCUCACGAUCCUGAAUCUGAGCGACAAUCUCCUCUCCACUUUGGGCUGUGAGGAUUUCAUGAACAUGAAACAUCUCACACAUCUUGAUCUGAGCAAGAACCGCAUUGCUACACUGGACGGAUGUGCAUUUGAAAAUCUUAAUGAUCUGAAAGUUUUAGAUUUGAGUGACAACCUGCUGUGGACAUUCGGAGAUGCCUUCAAAACUGGCCCGCCAAUGCUUGAGUUCCUGGAUUUGAGCAAAAACUUUGUAUCUCUUCUUGAAAGGGGGGAUUUUCAAGGUUUAGGGUCCCUGACAUAUUUGGAUGUGGUGUCAAAGAAAAUUGGAAGGGUAAAACAUAAGGCCUUCGAAGGACUGAUGAACUUGGGAAAUCUUAGAGUAUCUCUUCCACUGGAGUAUGAAAACAAUUUCAGAGAAUUGCAGCAGUUGGAAAAUCUCACAGUCUACUUCAAUACUGACGGCAUUUUCAAAAGUCCUCUUGAAAAUGAUCACAAAUCAUUCUAUCAUUUAAAGUCUUUGAAAGUUUUCACAUUGAUAUGUGAGGGCUAUCACUUCGGCUUCCCCUUUGAUGUACCUAUGUACAUGUUUCAGGCUAUGAAACAUUUGGAGGGCUUCACAGCUGACAAUGUCUAUAUUGCUGCACCAGAUCGGAACACAUUUCAGUACAACCCCCAGCUCAAGAAUCUAACAAUCAGGGAGACUGAUUUGUCAGAUUUGGACCCAGAAUUGUUUCUGCCAAUCCCAAACCUGCAGGUUCUUGAUCUCUCUUACAGUAAACUCAGUUCUUUGGAUUUUCUGGCCGAGGCCGAUCUAUAUGAACUAAGGCACUUGACGUUGACCAACAAUGAGUUGACAGUGAUCAAUGAGACGGUCUUCCAUUACCUCCCUGCACUGAUAUAUCUGGACCUAGAUAAUAACCCAUUCAUUUGUGACUGCUCUAAUGCUGGAUUCAUCCAAUGGGUGAAGAGUAACAACCAAACUCAGGUCGUUAAUACCUACAAGUACAUGUGUUCCUUUCCUGUGGCUGAACAAGGAAACAAGUUACUGGACUUUGACAUCCAGUCCUGUUGGAUGGACUAUGGCUUCCUCUGCUUCAUUACGAGUACUUGUCUGGUUGUUCUAACUCUGCUUUCAUCCUUCAUCUACCACUUUCUGCGAUGGCAGCUAGCCUACGCCUUCCACCUCUUCCUGGCCUUCCUCUAUGAUAGCAGGAAGAGGCGGAAGGGCGCUCCUCAUCGCUACGACGCCUUCAUCUCCUACAACGUUCACGACGAGGACUGGGUUUACAGAGAGAUGCUCCCAGUGCUGGAAGGGGAGCAGGGCUGGACACUCUGUCUGCACCACAGAGACUUCCAACCAGGUAAGCCCAUCAUAGAGAACAUCACAGACGCCAUUUACAGCAGCAGGAAGACCAUCUGUGUGAUCAGCCGGCACUACCUGCAGAGCGAGUGGUGCUCCAGAGAGAUACAGAUGGCCAGUUUCCGUCUGUUUGACGAGCAGAAGGACGUGUUGAUCCUGCUGUUCCUGGAGGAGAUCCCGGCUCGGCAGCUGUCUCCCUACUACCGCAUGAGGAAGCUGGUGAAGAGACGCACCUACCUGAGCUGGCCUCAGGCCGGACAGCACACGGGGGUCUUCUGGCAGAACGUACGGAGAGCUCUGGAGACAGGAGACGCUCCCACCGAGACCACAGACCCGCUGACUGGACCUGCAGGAUGCUGAGAGCUGUACUGGAGAAUUUUACAGUGUCUGAGGAGCCUUACAGUGAACAGCCUCCUCUGCUGGUGAGCAAAGAUCAGAUAUCCUAUGAUAGAUAAUAGAAAUAACAACAAAAAGAAAAUUUCUGCAGCAGAUUAGUUUAUCUAAGUCAGAGUUUAUCAACCCCACACUGGGUUAAUUAAUAGACAGAGAAUAGUGUGUCUUUCUGGAUUUGUAAUAUUCAUAUUUUUACCCAUAACCAACUGACAUGUCUUGUCUCAAAAAUUGGUCCUCAUUCUCAGAGUCCCGACUGACUCGGACCUGAACACACAGACAUGAAACACAUGUUGGUCUGGUUCAGUGUGACAUCACUUCCUGACCAUAUCAUUAUCUCUGAUGUCCAUCCAGUAUAAACCUCAGAAAUCCACUUAGAAACCAGAGAGAAAAGGCUGCAGAACUUCAUUCAGAAUCGUCAUGUUUUGAAAUUUUCUUCAGUAUCACAGUGAUCCAGUGAUAGUUGACUGUUCAUCCAUGACACGGGAAACAGAAGCUGAUCACAGCUGAUUCAGCUCGUGUUAAUGAGACAGUUUGACUGAACAGAGGGGAGGGCGAUGGAUAGCUUGUGUUGUAUUAUUCUGUAAAGUUAAGACUAAACUCAUGUUGAUAUUAAUUUCGUCCACACAAACAGAUUGUUGCAGUGUAAACGUGACACAUGUAUUAUUAUUUUUUUUAAAUUUUAUUCAUGAUUUAUUAUUUAAAAAAAAAAAGAUAUAAAAACAGCUCUGUUGGUUCUUUUCUUUUCAUUCCAGUUCUGAUCAUUGAAACUUAGUUAAACCUGGUUUUCUGCUUUAUUUACUUUUUGAAGCUUCCUGUACCUGUCUGACUUCCAGUGUGUAAUAUAUAAAUAUAACUUUUGUAGCUGCAGUUUGGCCUCCCCAGACUCUUACUGUGCUCUGUACUAAUGAUAUUAAAGGUCCCUGUAGUUACUGAAUAAACAUCAUAUAUAUU